ACAUAAGCCAAUCAGGCGCCUUUGUCCUUUUCACUCGCGCUAUGUUCACCGGCUCUUUCCCAUUCAAGAUGUCGGCGACGUCGAUGUUCCCCAUGUGUGUCCGGGCGAGUAGGGGCCUCCUCACGCUCAGGAACUGGAGCAGACGUGGUUCAACCCCUGCAGUGGUGGACUUGAUUCGGGCAGUUUCUACGGAGAAGACAACAGGAGAGGGCAGUGCUACAGGUGGACUCGCUCAAUCAAUCUUGCAAGAGAGGCUUAAGCAGCAACAGAAUAGUCAGGGCCAGCCCCCUCCAGAAGGGGAUGGGGACUCGGAGCAAAAGCAGGACCAGGGAGAGGACAAGAAACAGAAGGAGAACACAGCCUAUGCCAAGAAGAUGGUGAUGCGGUUAGCAGGCCUGAUGGGGAUAGGGGGUGCGGUCGGCAUGGUGUACGUAUUCGGUAGCAAUUCAGUGGAUGAACAAGGAAACACGAUUCCAGAUGAGUUUGAUAACGACGCACCGGUUAUCCAGCAGUUGAGAAGGACGUUGAAGUAUUUCCAGGACUACAGACAGAUGAUCAUUGAGCCCACGAGCCCCAAGCUGCUUCCUGACCCCCUGAGGGAGCCCUACUACCAGCCUCCCUACACCCUGGUCCUGGAGCUCACAGACGUUCUGCUGCACCCCGAGUGGUCGCUGGCUACAGGCUGGCGCUUCAAGAAGAGGCCAGGCAUCGACUACCUGUUCCAGCAGCUAGCCCCUCUCUACGAGAUAGUCAUCUUCACUGCAGAAACAGGCAUGACGGCAUACCCUCUGAUUGACAGCAUCGACCCCCAGGGCUUUGUCAUGUACCGCCUCUUCAGGGACGCCACGCGUUACGUGGAGGGACAUCACGUCAAGGACGUGUCGUGUCUCAACCGGGACACUUCCAAGGUGAUAGUGGUGGACUGUAAGAGGGAAGCCUUCAGCCUGCAGCCUUUCAACGGCAUGGCUCUGACGAAAUGGGACGGCAACUCAGAGGACCGAACACUCUACGACCUAGCUCAUUUUCUCAAGACCAUUGCUCUCAGUGGAGUGGAUGACGUCCGCUCUGUCCUGGAGAACUAUGCACUGGAAGAUGACCCCGUAGAGGCCUUCAAACGCAGACAAGCGCAGCUAGCACAGGAGGAGGAGCAGAGGUUGGCAGAGCUGACCAAGCAGAAGAAGCAGGGCAUGUCCUUAGGCUCCAUUGCCGGAAGGUUCUGGCGUUCCAAACAAGAGUGAGUGGCGCUCUCACUCGCACCCACCAAUCGCAGCCCACCCCUCCACAGUGACAGGCCAAAAGGAUGGUGGGCCACAGUCACUCGGUGGGGUGGGCGGCGGGCGUCUCUGGACACGUGGGCGAGGAGACGAGGAGGAGAGACCAUCCAAUCACCUGGACUUUUGACUGUCGCAAGCAUGUCUUUGGGGGGGGGGAUCACUUCCUGGAUCUCAGAUGCUCUGGUGUAGGUAGUGUAGCACCCCCCCCAUCGAAUUGUCUGUUGGCACUGACGUAUACAAAAUCGGCUGAGUGGUUAGACAUUAUUGAUUGAACCAUUUCAGUCCACAUUAGUUCAUCCACUUCUACCCACCAGCCAGUCAUACAGGGAACAGACCAGAGAACAGUGCUCUUAUCUACAACUUCCAUGCACUUGGAUUUGGUGCUCUGGGAGUUUGAUCAGCUUUGAACAACAGUGAAUGAUUGGUUUUGCUUUGUGCAUAUCUAAGACUGAGCUGGUCAGGGUAAAGGAUAUUAAUGUUGCACUCUGAGACUCUCUAAGCUUCUCUCCACCAAUGAGAAGUCAUGCCUUGGACAGGUACUGCCGAUGCCAAGGGGACUGUGUGCAACAGAGGCUUGUGCUGUAGGAAUGAGUGGGAGAGGCAUUUUCAGCAAAUCAAGCCAAGCCAAGGCAAGCCAUGUGAAAUUGGGCCGAUGCCAGACACUGAGUGAAAAAUGGAUCGACAUGUCUGAAUAUAUGCUUAUUGAAUGUUCUAUUAGAUUCACAAAGUCCCAAAUUAAAGAAAAUAAAAAUCAAUCUAGCAUCUUGUGUGAUUUGGCACAAAUGAACAUGUCAUGUGCACUAAGUCGGUUUAGGUGUUUUCAUGGCAAUGUGUUGAAUAUCCUCUAAAUACCCUGGAAUCUAUACUGAACAAAAAUAUAAACACAACAUGUAAAGUGUUGGUUUCAUGAGCUGAAAUAAAAGAUCCAAGAAAUGUUCCAUA